AUGGAAAUACCAUGGGGAACCUAUGGAAGGAUAGCCACGAGAUCAAGCGCAGCAUUGAAACUUGGUCUUGAUAUUGGAGCUGGAGUCAUUGACAGUGAUUAUAGAGGCGAAGUCAAAAUCCUCGCCUUUAAUCACUCUGAUCAGAAUAUCUAUAUUCAUAAAGGAGACUGUGUUGCUCAACUUAUUCUGGAAUAUAUUGUUAUGACAAAUGUCUAUGAACUGGUGGCGAAGCAGGAAGACCCGUCAGUGGAGUCUAAGGCAAAGCAGAUGGCUGCUGGACCUGGCGUCGGCAAUGGACCAAGGCUAGGGCACAGAAGCAAGAAAUCUCCAACGAUGGUCGGCGCUGCUCCGUGCGACGGCGACCACGCAUCAGAAUCUAGGGCACAGUGA